GGGAUUUCGGGCUUUGACUUGUCGAUCUGAUCUUCAUAAUUUAUCCAAGUCUCGCUCGAUUCUUCCCCUUAGGAAGAGUGAAGAAAAUAGAGAGGGCUUUGCGACGAUUUUUUAAGGGAGAAAAGGUAGGGAGAGAGGAGAAAAAAAGUGCAGUAGGGAUAUCACAAUAGUCUUGUGCCUUUUUUUUUUUUUACUUUGUGCAUAGUGAUUUGGUCCAAGUGUUUCCCUUUUUUUUCUCAAAGCACCAGUCCUCCUAUUGGGCUUGUCAGACAACCAACAGAAGAGCACCUUCAAUCACUACGCAACUACCAACUACUGGUCAGCCUGCAUCGUCGGAAGCCCUGCAGACCCGAGCAAGGAAAUUGCGGAGUGUUGGAUAACGGCCGAUCUAUUGUACGUUCGUGGGCAUCCAACAAAUUUUCUCCGACCUCUGCAUCAUUGAAUUUUUACGUCUUUCGUCCUGUGUUUUUUUGCGAUUUUUUUUUAGUUCCUUCAUUUUUCUCAACAUAUUUCGAUCAGUCGUUUUUAUUCUUCGGCAAGCUCUAGUAGCUACAUUUUGGGGGUUUCUUGCUGAAUUCCCCUCAUAUUCACUCCUAACUGGGUAGAAACUCUUCAGCAUAGGUCGGAAGGGUUUUAUUUUUUUGUUUUUGUUUUAUUCUUUCGAUUCUACGACCAUUACUUUAUUUUUAUUUUUGUAAUUGCAUUCUUCACGUGUGGAGAUUGUGGUUUCCCUACGGAUUCUCAAAUUCCUUUUUUAAACGAAAUUCUGCGUUUUGUGAAGAAGAGCAGCCUCUCACGGUGAACUGCUUCGUCAAUACCACAGGAACAGAAAAACUCGGUUAGUUUGGGUAUUACCACAUCUCCCUCGCUUUUCCUUCUGUUACUCCUCAAACCUUGACUUCAAAAAAUGAAGUGGAUACUGUUUUAUUCUCCCUUUCCUUUCCUUACCUUUCCCUUUUUUUUUGCUCCGUGGUACCUUAUCGACGGUUUGCUACUGGCGGAUAGCCGCUUAGCUCGCUUCGUUCUGGGCGGCCGGUGGUGACGGCCGAUUUGCGUCCCACGAGAGGGUUGAGGCCUUGAAAUAAUGCUGGUGGCUAAUAAUUCUUAUAGUAGUUCCUCUGCACGAGACUCCGACCCACGCCCUGCACGAAUCCGCUACUCUCAUUUCUUUAGUCACGAUCUUGUUCCCCCCCCAACAUUUUCCGCCUAUUACAACCCGGUAUCCCCCGAGACUCCGGAAUUUAUCGUACGUUGUGGGAAAAUAAUAUCACCAAUAGUAAUGGCUACCAUUGUUCGCCCUUCACAAACUCGCGAACCUUCAAUCACCAGGCUCGAGUGCGACGUUAACCUGAAUUUCACAUUCCCUGCAAUACCACAUGCGAGAUCACAAUCGCUACUUCCUGGCGCCCCACCCUCAUUUCCGGCGUUUCCCCCACGAAGAGGAUCUGUUCCCCUGAAUGAUGUUGCGGGAUUAGCCUCUGCUACCUUGGCAACCGCGAGGCCAAAAUCUAGUUCUUCGAAUUCGUUGCUUUCGAAUGGCUCGAAAUCGGCGGGUGCGAUUUCCUUUGAAGCAGGUGGACUUCCGAGCCCCAUUUCGCCAGGGCAGGCUGAUGUGGGAAAUGUUGAAGGGUCACUGGCACCGCAUUAUGCUGGGGGAAUCAGGCCUGGAGCUAGGAUACUUGGGGUUGGAGUUACGCCGACUAUUGUGAACGCAAGUUUGAGCACCAAAGUUGGCCCAGUUCCGGAGGGAAAGGGACAUCAUCGUGGGCUAAGUGAUUUACUUGGGGGUCCGAUUACGUUGGAGCCAAAAAAGGAGGAUAUUGCCCCGGCUAUUGCUGAAAAGGUUGCACCAAAACGCGCACCACCACCGCCAGGGGCUACCCGUAGAGGUCAUGCCCAUCGCAGGUCCGGGGCUAUCUCUAGUGGCGAUGUUUGGAGCCUUUUGAGUCAGAGUGCGCCAAAUCUAGCUUUAGCAUGCACUGGUGAGAGUGGUGGUCAUGGCACUACUUCUGGGAACGCAGAGGCUUCUUCGCCUAAGCCAAUCGCUAGUGCGGGAAACAGUCCUUUACUCAGUUGGAGUGCUCCUGUUAGUCCGGGGUUUAAUGGUAUAUCUCGACUUCGGGGGUUUUAUUUGGGUUUUCCUAACAGUGUUCUAGGCCCCUCAUCGCUUCCUUCGCCGACGAGUCCUUUGAUGGAUUAUGAGAGCGCAGCUGACAAGAAGAGCCGGGUUCACUUCAUUGACCAUGUGGAAAUUAUCCCCAGGCCGAUGUCAGCAGGAACAGAGACUAGCAGUUUGGCAACCGUUCGGGGCCACGCGGGCACAGACAGUAUUAACAGCAUUGCCAGCGUUCUUCCUUUACCCGCUCCCUCACCUACAAUUGAGGCUGCGCCCCCGCGGAGACAUGGCCGUACCAGAAGCAAUUCCCAAACCAUGACACAGCCUACAUCUGCUUUAAGGGCAGCGUCGGGCCGACCCUCAACCGCGGGGGCGAUCUUGCUAACUCCACCGAAUAUUGUAAUAGAUAGCAAGGAAAGUGAAGUGCCCGUUCCUUCACUUGAGAGGCCUGCCACCGCAUCACCCUCCCUUUGCAGUGUUCCUGGAAGCAACAACCACUCACCCACCGAGCUUUCACCGUCCAAGAAAACGCAUAAGAAGGCCCUCAGUGACUAUUCUCCCUUGGGUGGAGCCGGAUCGUUCUCCGACAAUCGCGACAUUCCUUCAACCAGCAGUGCGAGCGACGAAGUGCCAACUACUUCUGAAGAGCCUUCGAAAUUAGCAUGUAAGGGGAAGGGGAAGAAGAAGAAGAAGGGUAAGAAGCAGAUCAAGAACUGGGCUGGGACAAUUCUGGGUAGGGGUCGUGGGCUCCGUCACUCGAAGCGACAACUUAGAGCUCUCCCGAGGAGAUCACCAACACCACCAUUGCCAAGGUCAGAACAUCAAUUAGGUGACAAUGAGUGGAUUUCGGCUGCAUGGAAUGAGAGCUAUGUUCUCAUGCCGGUUGAUGAUUCUCUAGGAGCGAACUCUAGCUCGGAGAAUAUUGCCAUGGACACUGGGAUUGAGAGCCCUACCAUUGACCUUGAUGCUGCUUUGGGACCUUUCAAAACACCUACGGGACCUAGUGCUGGGUUUGCUGCUGCCAGGCGGAGAAGGAUGCAUUCUGCAGUUGGGUUGAAGGGAACUGGGUACUUCCACAGGCGUAGUGAGAGCAUGCCGGAGAUGCAGCUUUUUUCUCUCUCGGAACAUGAGGGUGAUGGUCAUAUGGCCGAUGUCUUCGAGGAGGAUGAGGAGGAGGAUAGUGAGGAGAGUGAGGAGAGUGAGGAGGAGGAGGAGGAGGAAGGCAAGAUGAAUGGUGGCGAGGGUCUUGGAAUCGGUAUCAAGGUUGUCGAUGGUGACGGGGCGAACUGGCAGGAGGAUGUAGUGAUGGAAUGGGGAUCUGAUGAUUUGGGACGUCCGACAUCGAGGAGAGGAAGCGGAGGAGAUCGUGGUUUGGGAUGGCAGGGCGAGAGCAGUCUACCUUUGGCCGACACUUCUCUUGACCCGAAGGACAGUGCAACAUCAAUUAACUCCAUCAACUGCCCCCCAGAUGUUGAAGCCGAGCCAUCCUCUCCAUUGCCCUUUUCGGGCCGCAAGGGCGCACCAGCGGACAUCAUCACCCCCAAAUCGUCCAGCUCGACCGUUAUACUUCCGGCGCAUUUCCCGCCACCUACGUACCCCCAACCCCUCGACUCACCAUCUACCUUCGUCACCGCCGCCUCAAAUCCAAACACCCCCCUCCAAUUGGACUUUCCCGGAAAUGAAUACGCAGAUUCGGCAUCCAGCUUCGACCCAUGUUCAAACUUCUUCGGCGAGCCGGGCCCGGAGAUGCGCAUGAGCGUUGACGACAUCCCCAGCCUGACCUCCUCAUCUAGCACCAUGACAAUUGGAGGAUUGUAUGCCAAUAUGCCAUCGACACCCAUGAACGAACUCAGAGAGAAGGAGCUCUCUCCUAAAAAGGAGAAGUCAAAGCGAUGGAGCAAAGUAUGGACCUUCUGGAGGUUGAAGUGAAAAGCACACUUGAUUUGUUUAUUUGUGUCCUGAUUUUUUUGUUCUCUGGCUUUAUCUUAGCUCUAUCUGGCUCUCAGUCUAUCUUAGUAUGUUCCGUAUUAAUGUGCUUGGGGUUCGCGUUAUUUGCCAUCUACCUACCUACUUAUCCAUCGCAUCGUGUCUUAUCAUUACUGGCGCGGAAAUGUACAUUUUUUUCCUCUUCUAUCUGCUUUUUUCAUUCUUUUUCUCUAACUCUGCAGAAUAGGAUUCACUUUCAUCUAUCUGCUGGGUUGAAGUGGGGUAUUUUUAUUUUUAUUUUUUCCCCUCCCUUCUAUUUUUGCGCGUACUUUUUUUUUCUUUUCUUUUUUUGCUAUCGGUUGAUCGUGGGGAUUUGAAAAAUCUGUUUUAUAUUCCCUUUUAUUCACUCUUCUUUCUCGAGUGGGAGUGAGUGAGGGUGCCUGUGGGUGGGAGGGAAAAAAAGAAAAGACAAGAAAAAAAAAGGAAACAAUGCAACGUAUUGUAGAAUCUAACACUCGAUUUACCUGUGCUGUUGAUUGUGUUGUGAAAAAGAGAUGAAGAUCGAGGAGUGCGUAUGGCUUACCUUUUCUACCUGCCUGUCGGCCUACCAUUCGUUCGUUCAUUCCUGUACGUCAGCUGGGAAGAUCGCGCUCUUUAGGAUUUUUCCCUCCUUUCGUCUCCUUUCCCACAGUGUUGAUUGUGCUGAAUUUCCUUAUAGCGAUUACGCUAAGACUUGAACUGGUGUGGUUGGUUCUGGACUACCCUGGAAAGGGUAAUCGAGUGAUAUAAAAUACAAAAGGGUUAGGUUGCGAACCCUUUUCCAUUAGCCCAAGC